AUGUCCACUUCUGCUGCUCCAUCUUCUUCCACACCCACAUUCGCCUCUCUUGGUGAGACUGAAGCAGUAGACCAGCCAGUAGUAUGGUUUCAUUUCUUCGCCAACCUUGAACAUCUGCAGAAGUGCACCGAGUGGCGCGCCCGACUCGCCUGGCUCUCCGCCGGUCGUGACGGUUUAAUUUGUGGCCGUAGCCUUGCCGAGGACCAGUGGGCUCUCAGUCUCCUCGUCCACAAAUUUGCAGAGAUAACCGACGUCGACGUCGACCCUGACGGUCGUUGGAUUGCCAUUGGUACCACUGAUGGGACGGUUUCUGAUGAGAAGAAUGCAUUUGCAAUACUUGACCGUCAGAUUGUUUUCGAGUAUCCACACCAUCUAAUUCCACCGAUUUCACUAGUUAUUAGUAGCCCAAAGUUACAUGGACUUACUAUCCUAUGGAUUGGAUAG